AUGAAUCCUAGUGGACAUAUAGUUGUCAUCCGUAGGGAUGGUACUGAUGGUUUAACUUGCGAUUGGUGUUCGCCCUUGUGUGAUAUUGGGAGUAACCAGUCUUGUGACAUUCGUGUGCAACACUCAACAGUCGCUCCAUUUCAUUGUACCCUGCAACUACUGAAAGAUGGAUUAGUUCAAGCCGUCAGCAGAGUAGAUGGACGAUACAAAAUGUUAGUUAAUAAUUUCCCGUUGAACGAUGCUUGCGUUUUGACUGAUAAUUGCAUACUAACUGUUGGGGAUCGUCAGUUUCGCUUUUUCUAUCCAUCAAGUCGAAAGACAACAACAGAUAAUUAUUUAUACGAAACGUCCAGUAAAACACCAAAACACUAUAACAAAGAAGAGGUUAUAACUCCAACUUCUCUACCUGUUGUUCAUCCAUCCAAACGUACCACUCCUAGAAAAAUAUUAGUUAAUCCUAAAACUCGCUCCCCUCGACAGAGGUCUGUGACUCCGAAAAGAACCCUAGGGACCAACGAACGUUAUGGUCCAGUUCCUCCUCGUCAACCAGCUACCCCACCAAUAAUCCAAGUACUCCGACACGAACCGAAUUCAUCACAGUCAAAGCAGCUACCUGUAUUGCAAGCAGAAAAUGUCGAGUUUAAUAAAAAAAGUGUAGGUGAUGGUAAGGGUUAUAGCUGUACGGAUGUGAGUGUUUCUAAAUCAAAUCAAACAAAGUCGUCUGUCGUUCCUGACUUGCCAGAUACAACAUUCCAUCCCUCGAGCAGUGUUUUGUCAUCUAUCAAAGUGAGGUCACAAAACCGUAUUCACACUCCGAUUAUUACAUCUACUUUAUCUAAUGAUCACUUCAACUUCACACCAAACGAAAAUAAACGUUCACCCGGUUUUAGAAAGAGUUUCCAUAAGCUUCUCAUCUUAAAUGAAUCAUCUAACCAAUCCAACCUUUGCAAAAUUAAUCAGUUUUAUGAUGAAUUAAGUUAUGUAAAGCAGCAGGUGAUUGAAAGCAAGAGAUCACCAUCUAAUGAACAAGAAAACCAAUCUUGUUACGAUAAAUGCCUUGAUCAUCCCACAGAAGGUUCCCGUGAAUAUAUUCCAGAGUUGCCCACAUCACCGAAUUCCCUGAGGAUUGCGAGGAAAUUGUCUGCAAAGUCAUCGCAGAAAAUUAGCAUAGCAUAUUCACCAGAAACAGAACAAGAAUUGAUUAGCCGUAAUAGGAAACGUACCAUAUCCGGUAAAACUUAUCCAGUUGCAGAGGACAUGCUUGCUCCUAAACGUCGGAGGGGGGUUUCAUUCGGCCCACCCUUAAGCCCUGAACGAUUUGAUAAAUCUCUUCCCCCGUCUACUCCGGUUAAGCGAGGUGAAACUCCACUAGUCAAAAUAAGUCACAGUACCCCAGCAAACCAUAGUUUACAAGUCACUUCAGUUGUUGGGCACUCAGCUACACCAUUUGAUUCCAAAUUGUCAGAAGUAUCGCAUUUAUCAGAUUUCUCAAAAACAUGUGAAUCUCCAAAUUACAGUGUAACACAUAAUCGAGUUUCUGCAGUCAUCUCUCUCCCUCCAACACCAGACACUAAUCUUCUAAAUUCCUUGAGUACUGAUAUUAGUUGUGCUCAUGAAAGUUUCGCUAAUUUCCCAGUGACUUCCGCAGCUUACUCUGCUCCAAUAAAAAAAUCCUCAGUCAGCCGAAAAAAUUUCAAAAGACAUUCACUUGGGUUCCUAGAGAAAACAAGUAAAACACCGUCACCGAGGGUCCCACCAACUAGUCCUGUAUCAACCAAACAAAAUAGAAAAAACAAAUCAACAAACGAACAUAAUCCUAAAAUUCAGGAAAAAAAGUCGAAAAGCUUCCAUACCUACGGUGCAAAAACUUAUAAUAAUAACAACUACAACAAACUAUACUCGAGUGUUCCUCAUAGCUUGCUAAAUAUUAUACAGGAAGACAAACAAAAUAAAGGAACAUCUCCAGUGCCAUCGACCAACUUGACAGAGGAGGAAUCAGUUACACCUGAGAAGAGUUUGUUGUCUCCACGAAAGGAAUCUGGUUUGACUGGUGUUAGGAAGUUGAUGAGAACUCCGAAGCCUGUGCAAACACCUCGUAUAUCUGGUGUUAGUGAACUGUUUGUCGAUGAACCUAGUGUGAAGAGACGUCGUGGUCGACCCUCAUCAGUGCCACCGACCAACUUGACAGAGGAGGAAUCAGUUACACCUGAGAAGAGUUUGUUGUCUCCACGAAAGGAAUCUGGUUUGACUGGUGUUAGGAAGUUGAUGAGAACUCCGAAGCCUGUGCAAACACCUCGUAUAUCUGGUGUUAGUGAACUGUUUGUCGAUGAACCUAGUGUGAAGAGACGUCGUGGUCGACCCUCAUCAGUGCCACCGACCAACUUGACAGAGGAGGAAUCAGUUACACCUGAGAAGAGUUUGUUGUCUCCACGAAAGGAAUCUGGUUUGACUGGUGUUAGGAAGUUGAUGAGAACUCCGAAGCCUGUGCAAACACCUCGUAUAUCUGGUGUUAGUGAACUGUUUGUCGAUGAACCUAGUGUGAAGAGACGUCGUAGUCGACCCUCAUCAGUGCCACCGACCAACUUGACAGAGGAGGAAUCAGUUACACCUGAGAAGAGUUUGUUGUCUCCACGAAAGGAAUCUGGUUUGACUGGUGUUAGGAAGUUGAUGAGAACUCCGAAGCCUGUGCAAACACCUCGUAUAUCUGGUGUUAGUGAACUGUUUGUUGAUGAACCUAGUGUGAAGAGACGUCGUAGUCGACCCUCAUCAGUGCCACCGACCAACUUGACAGAGGAGGAAUCAGUUACACCUGAGAAGAGUUUGUUGUCUCCACGAAAGGAAUCUGGUUUGACUGGUGUUAGGAAGUUGAUGAGAACUCCGAAGCCUGUGCAAACACCUCGUAUAUCUGGUGUUAGUGAACUGUUUGUCGAUGAACCUAGUGUGAAGAGACGUCGUGGUCGACCCUCAUCAGUGCCACCGACCAACUUGACAGAGGAGGAAUCAGUUACACCUGAGAAGAGUUUGUUGUCUCCACGAAAGGAAUCUGGUUUGACUGGUGUUAGGAAGUUGAUGAGAACUCCGAAGCCUGUGCAAACACCUCGUAUAUCUGGUGUUAGUGAACUGUUUGUCGAUGAACCUAGUGUGAAGAGACGUCGUAGUCGACCCUCAUCAGUGCCACCGACCAACUUGACAGAGGAGGAAUCAGUUACACCUGAGAAGAGUUUGUUGUCUCCACGAAAGGAAUCUGGUUUGACUGGUGUUAGGAAGUUGAUGAGAACUCCGAAGCCUGUGCAAACACCUCGUAUAUCUGGUGUUAGUGAACUGUUUGUCGAUGAACCUAGUGUGAAGAGACGUCGUGGUCGACCCUCAUCAGUGCCACCGACCAACUUGACAGAGGAGGAAUCAGUUACACCUGAGAAGAGUUUGUUGUCUCCACGAAAGGAAUCUGGUUUGACUGGUGUUAGGAAGUUGAUGAGAACUCCGAAGCCUGUGCAAACACCUCGUAUAUCUGGUGUUAGUGAACUGUUUGUCGAUGAACCUAGUGUGAAGAGACGUCGUAGUCGACCCUCAUCAGUGCCACUGACCAACUUGACAGAGGAGGAAUCAGUUACACCUGAGAAGAGUUUGUUGUCUCCACGAAAGGAAUCUGGUUUGACUGGUGUUAGGAAGUUGAUGAGAACUCCGAAGCCUGUGCAAACACCUCGUAUAUCUGGUGUUAGUGAACUGUUUGUCGAUGAACCUAGUGUGAAGAGACGUCGUAGUCGACCCUCAUCAGUGCCACCGACCAACUUGACAGAGGAGGAAUCAGUUACACCUGAGAAGAGUUUGUUGUCUCCACGAAAGGAAUCUGGUUUGACUGGUGUUAGGAAGUUGAUGAGAACUCCGAAGCCUGUGCAAACACCUCGUAUAUCUGGUGUUAGUGAACUGUUUGUCGAUGAACCUAGUGUGAAGAGACGUCGUGGUCGACCCUCAUCAGUGCCACCGACCAACUUGACAGAGGAGGAGUCAGUUACACCUGAGAAGAGUUUGUUGUCUCCACGAAAGGAAUCUGGUUUGACUGGUGUUAGGAAGUUGAUGAGAACUCCGAAGCCUGUGCAAACACCUCGUAUAUCUGGUGUUAGUGAACUGUUUGUCGAUGAACCUAGUGUGAAGAGACGUCGUAGUCGACCCUCAUCAGUGCCACCGACCAACUUGACAGAGGAGGAAUCAGUUACACCUGAGAAGAGUUUGUUGUCUCCACGAAAGGAAUCUGGUUUGACUGGUGUUAGGAAGUUGAUGAGAACUCCGAAGCCUGUGCAAACACCUCGUAUAUCUGGUGUUAGUGAACUGUUUGUCGAUGAACCUAGUGUGAAGAGACGUCGUGGUCGACCCUCAUCAGUGCCACCGACCAACUUGACAGAGGAGGAAUCAGUUACACCUGAGAAGAGUUUGUUGUCUCCACGAAAGGAAUCUGGUUUGACUGGUGUUAGGAAGUUGAUGAGAACUCCGAAGCCUGUGCAAACACCUCGUAUAUCUGGUGUUAGUGAACUGUUUGUCGAUGAACCUAGUGUGAAGAGACGUCGUAGUCGACCCUCAUCAGUGCCACCGACCAACUUGACAGAGGAGGAAUCAGUUACACCUGAGAAGAGUUUGUUGUCUCCACGAAAGGAAUCUGGUUUGACUGGUGUUAGGAAGUUGAUGAGAACUCCGAAGCCUGUGCAAACACCUCGUAUAUCUGGUGUUAGUGAACUGUUUGUCGAUGAACCUAGUGUGAAGAGACGUCGUAGUCGACCCUCAUCAGUGCCACUGACCAACUUGACAGAGGAGGAAUCAGUUACACCUGAGAAGAGUUUGUUGUCUCCACGAAAGGAAUCUGGUUUGACUGGUGUUAGGAAGUUGAUGAGAACUCCGAAGCCUGUGCAAACACCUCGUAUAUCUGGUGUUAGUGAACUGUUUGUCGAUGAACCUAGUGUGAAGAGACGUCGUAGUCGACCCUCAUCAGUGCCACUGACCAACUUGACAGAGGAGGAAUCAGUUACACCUGAGAAGAGUUUGUUGUCUCCACGAAAGGAAUCUGGUUUGACUGGUGUUAGGAAGUUGAUGAGAACUCCGAAGCCUGUGCAAACACCUCGUAUAUCUGGUGUUAGUGAACUGUUUGUCGAUGAACCUAGUGUGAAGAGACGUCGUAGUCGACCCUCAUCAGUGCCACCGACCAACUUGACAGAGGAGGAAUCAGUUACACCUGAGAAGAGUUUGUUGUCUCCACGAAAGGAAUCUGGUUUGACUGGUGUUAGGAAGUUGAUGAGAACUCCGAAGCCUGUGCAAACACCUCGUAUAUCUGGUGUUAGUGAACUGUUUGUCGAUGAACCUAGUGUGAAGAGACGUCGUGGUCGACCCUCAUCAGUGCCACCGACCAACUUGACAGAGGAGGAGUCAGUUACACCUGAGAAGAGUUUGUUGUCUCCACGAAAGGAAUCUGGUUUGACUGGUGUUAGGAAGUUGAUGAGAACUCCGAAGCCUGUGCAAACACCUCGUAUAUCUGGUGUUAGUGAACUGUUUGUCGAUGAACCUAGUGUGAAGAGACGUCGUAGUCGACCCUCAUCAGUGCCACCGACCAACUUGACAGAGGAGGAAUCAGUUACACCUGAGAAGAGUUUGUUGUCUCCACGAAAGGAAUCUGGUUUGACUGGUGUUAGGAAGUUGAUGAGAACUCCGAAGCCUGUGCAAACACCUCGUAUAUCUGGUGUUAGUGAACUGUUUGUCGAUGAACCUAGUGUGAAGAGACGUCGUGGUCGACCCUCAUCAGUGCCACCGACCAACUUGACAGAGGAGGAAUCAGUUACACCUGAGAAGAGUUUGUUGUCUCCACGAAAGGAAUCUGGUUUGACUGGUGUUAGGAAGUUGAUGAGAACUCCGAAGCCUGUGCAAACACCUCGUAUAUCUGGUGUUAGUGAACUGUUUGUCGAUGAACCUAGUGUGAAGAGACGUCGUAGUCGACCCUCAUCAGUGCCACCGACCAACUUGACAGAGGAGGAAUCAGUUACACCUGAGAAGAGUUUGUUGUCUCCACGAAAGGAAUCUGGUUUGACUGGUGUUAGGAAGUUGAUGAGAACUCCGAAGCCUGUGCAAACACCUCGUAUAUCUGGUGUUAGUGAACUGUUUGUCGAUGAACCUAGUGUGAAGAGACGUCGUAGUCGACCCUCAUCAGUGCCACUGACCAACUUGACAGAGGAGGAAUCAGUUACACCUGAGAAGAGUUUGUUGUCUCCACGAAAGGAAUCUGGUUUGACUGGUGUUAGGAAGUUGAUGAGAACUCCGAAGCCUGUGCAAACACCUCGUAUAUCUGGUGUUAGUGAACUGUUUGUCGAUGAACCUAGUGUGAAGAGACGUCGUAGUCGACCCUCAUCAGUGCCACCGACCAACUUGACAGAGGAGGAAUCAGUUACACCUGAGAAGAGUUUGUUGUCUCCACGAAAGGAAUCUGGUUUGACUGGUGUUAGGAAGUUGAUGAGAACUCCGAAGCCUGUGCAAACACCUCGUAUAUCUGGUGUUAGUGAACUGUUUGUCGAUGAACCUAGUGUGAAGAGACGUCGUGGUCGACCCUCAUCAGUGCCACCGACCAACUUGACAGAGGAGGAGUCAGUUACACCUGAGAAGAGUUUGUUGUCUCCACGAAAGGAAUCUGGUUUGACUGGUGUUAGGAAGUUGAUGAGAACUCCGAAGCCUGUGCAAACACCUCGUAUAUCUGGUGUUAGUGAACUGUUUGUCGAUGAACCUAGUGUGAAGAGACGUCGUAGUCGACCCUCAUCAGUGCCACCGACCAACUUGACAGAGGAGGAAUCAGUUACACCUGAGAAGAGUUUGUUGUCUCCACGAAAGGAAUCUGGUUUGACUGGUGUUAGGAAGUUGAUGAGAACUCCGAAGCCUGUGCAAACACCUCGUAUAUCUGGUGUUAGUGAACUGUUUGUCGAUGAACCUAGUGUGAAGAGACGUCGUGGUCGACCCUCAUCAGUGCCACCGACCAACUUGACAGAGGAGGAAUCAGUUACACCUGAGAAGAGUUUGUUGUCUCCACGAAAGGAAUCUGGUUUGACUGGUGUUAGGAAGUUGAUGAGAACUCCGAAGCCUGUGCAAACACCUCGUAUAUCUGGUGUUAGUGAACUGUUUGUCGAUGAACCUAGUGUGAAGAGACGUCGUAGUCGACCCUCAUCAGUGCCACUGACCAACUUGACAGAGGAGGAAUCAGUUACACCUGAGAAGAGUUUGUUGUCUCCACGAAAGGAAUCUGGUUUGACUGGUGUUAGGAAGUUGAUGAGAACUCCGAAGCCUGUGCAAACACCUCGUAUAUCUGGUGUUAGUGAACUGUUUGUCGAUGAACCUAGUGUGAAGAGACGUCGUGGUCGACCCUCAUCAGUGCCACCGACCAACUUGACAGAGGAGGAAUCAGUUACACCUGAGAAGAGUUUGUUGUCUCCACGAAAGGAAUCUGGUUUGACUGGUGUUAGGAAGUUGAUGAGAACUCCGAAGCCUGUGCAAACACCUCGUAUAUCUGGUGUUAGUGAACUGUUUGUCGAUGAACCUAGUGUGAAGAGACGUCGUGGUCGACCCUCAUCAGUGCCACCGACCAACUUGACAGAGGAGGAAUCAGUUACACCUGAGAAGAGUUUGUUGUCUCCACGAAAGGAAUCUGGUUUGACUGGUGUUAGGAAGUUGAUGAGAACUCCGAAGCCUGUGCAAACACCUCGUAUAUCUGGUGUUAGUGAACUGUUUGUCGAUGAACCUAGUGUGAAGAGACGUCGUAGUCGACCCUCAUCAGUGCCACCGACCAACUUGACAGAGGAGGAAUCAGUUACACCUGAGAAGAGUUUGUUGUCUCCACGAAAGGAAUCUGGUUUGACUGGUGUUAGGAAGUUGAUGAGAACUCCGAAGCCUGUGCAAACACCUCGUAUAUCUGGUGUUAGUAAACUGUUUAUUGAGGAACCUAGUGUUAAAGUGCAUUGUUGUUCACGGAAACUUUCUGGUGUUACGUCAUUGUCUCGUAGGCAUUGUAAAUCGUGUCGUUGUUUGCUCUCUGCAUGUCAAUGUGGUUUUGAUUAUAAUUGCGUGGUUAACAAGUGUUCUAUGAGAAAAUGUUCUGACGUUGUCGUUGAGUCUCUUUCAUCCAUUCGUACGCGUCGUGUUGUUAAAAUAGCGAAGUCUUCAGUCGAUAAAUCUGCUAACUCUGAUUGUUCCAUUUUGAAAAAAUUACCUGGAAAAUUUUCAUCUCAAUCGACUAAUGAAGUCACCGUACAGCCGUCGAAAACUAGGUCAAAAACCAAGAGGAACGUUUCCACCAUGGAUUCACAGUAUCGUGAUUCUCUUUCAGAUCGUUCAAUGAGUGUAGGAAAGUCUCUGGAUAAACGGAUGUUGAAAGAACUCACUGAAGUGGUUGUUCCGUUCCCGCAUAAUGUGAUGGAAAAUCAUUCUCGGAAAGGUAAGACUCUCACAUUUACAUCUCGGUUGACUCCUAAUGAUACGUCAAAUUCAUGUGAUCAAUCUGCACUUUUGAAAAUGGGUUUUAUUGAGAACUCACAUCCUACGGUAUCCUUUAGCUCGAACACGUCUAAGGAUCGUGAGUCUGAUUCUGUUGUUCCUGUCGCAAGCCGUCUCCGUAAUAGAAGGAUCCCGUCAAGUAUCGAAUGCUUGUCAUCUAGUCGUACUCGACGUGCAGUUAAAGCACCGGACCCUUUGAUCAAUGAAUCUGCCACUAAAGGCAGUUCCGGUAAGAGUUCCGUGAUGAAAACAUCCUCUAGAAAAGUUGUAUCUCAAUCGAAUAAUGAGGUUGCCAUACAACCGUCGAAAACUAGGUCAAAAACCAAGAAGCGCGUUUUCACCAAGGAUUCGCAGUUUCCUGAUCCUCUGCUCAAUCAUUCGGUCAAUGCAACGAAGUCUGCAAACAACACCUCAAAAAGAUCUAUAAAGAGACUAGCUGAAGUGCGUAGAGUCUCUUCUAGUAUUCCAUUGGCCAAACGUCUACGGAGUAGAAUUGAUCAGUUGGAUAUUAAAUGUAUAACAUCUGAACACACACAAAAUGAAGAAAGAUCUUUACCCGUGAAAAACCAAUCUGGUGAGGAAAAAAAGAAAAAUGGUACCAUGACAAAUAAUCCGCGAAACCGUAAACAGCUAAUCACUUCAAAAUCAAAACUACUUCCAACUACUUCAUCUUCAAAAUCUGCUUCAACUAAUGAAUCUAAAAAUAUUACAACAUUGAAGGUUAAAACAAAUUCACGACAUAUUAAACGAAUUUCUGUUACGCCUGUUGAUAAUAUAGCUAAUGUUUCACCAAAAAGACGUGUUCUUCGUUCUCGUAAGUUAAUAACUACUUCUUCAGAAAUAAGUCAACCAAUUGAAGAAAAAAUAUCAACUUCUAAAAUCACUAAUAAGUCGAAAUUAAAGACCACUACUACUACUACUACUAAUAAUAAUAAUAAUAAUAAUAGAUCAGUAGUAUCGAAAUCAUCUCAAGCUAAACAAUCACCAGUUUCAAUUCGUCAAACUCGUUCAAGAAAAAAACAGACAGCAACAAACAAUCUAUAACAAUAAAUAAUGCUUGUAUUCAUUCAUUCGUAAAUAACCAACAAAAAAAGUUUACCUAUUUUUAACACCUUCACGUAUUUAUGUUUAGUGUAUUAUUUAUUCACAGGAACAAUCUAUUAUCCUUAUUCCAUUCAAAGAGUACCAUAUAUAUAUAUUCCACUUGUUGUUACCAUAGUUACUAUUAUUAUUACUAUUAGUAGUAGUAGUAGUAAUAUUAAUAGACUCUCUAGAGUAACAACAUUUACCAAUAGGAUUAAAUACUAAUGUUUAUUAGUUAGUUAACUUAUGCAUUCAUGGUUUUAUGUUAAUUCUUAUUACAAUAUUACUGUAAUUUAUUUCGUUUUUAUUAUUUUUUUAAAAUUAAAUAUCUAUCUAUCUAUCUAUAUUUACUGUCCACUUAUGUUAUGCUGUUAAAAUUGAUGUUGUAUAUAAUCUAUACAUGUUUGUAUUUAUUAUAUAUAAUAGUUUAAGUGUAUAUUUGUUUUGUUAUUGUUAAUACAAUAUAUCAUACAUU